UGGCCUAUCUAUCUGUCUCUCACCAUCGAUCGAUAUCGUGCUCUGAGAAAAAAGUAAGUUAGAACCCUAAAUCCCCAAUUGGAGGCCUGGUUUCCCCUCAUAUCCCCCUUUUCUUCUGUCGAAGGGAAGCCAGGUCCCUUUCCCCUUUUCCUCCUGCCCAAUUUAACGUUCGAGAAAAUAGAAAAACCCACCACAUCAUCAAUUGGUUCUUCUUCUUCCUGGGCGCUCUUCCAGCUGGGUGGUAUUUCUUGCUGACGGCAGAGACUUGACUACAGAGAGAGAGUCAUCAAGGCGGUCUGUUUGAGCUCAUUCAUUAAUUCCCUUUUCUUCUGCCACGAUGAACGACCUCUUAACGGAAUCAUUUGAAAUCCCUCGGGAUCAGGGUUCCAGACCUACUGAUAUUGAGAUGGGAAUGACCUCUGGGGAAUUGGGAUUAGAGAAUUUCUUUAAAAAGGUUCAAGAGAUCGAGAAACUAUGUGAAAAGCUCGACAAGCUACUUAGAAAGCUCCAGGAUGCACAUGAGGAGUCCAAGGCUGUGACUAAGGCUCCUUCCAUGAAAGCUAUCAAGCAGCGAAUGGAGAAAGAUGUUGAUGAAGUUGGGAAGAUUGCUCGAUUGACUAAAGCAAAAAUUGAAGCACUUGACAAGGAGAAUUUAGCAAAUCGGCAAAAGCCAUCAUGCGGGAAAGGAACUGCUGUUGAUCGAUCAAGAACUUCAACAACAGUUUCAUUGAAGAAAAAGUUUAAAGACAAGAUGGCUGAAUUUCAGUCUCUAAGAGAAAUGAUCCAGCAAGAGUAUCGUGAAGUUGUGGAGAGACGCGUAUUCACAGUGACCGGUACACGAGCAGAUGAAGAGACAAUUGACCAAUUGAUUGAGACGGGAGAUAGUGAACAGAUUUUCCAGAAAGCUAUUCAUGAACAAGGGCGAGGGCAGGUAAUGGAUACCCUGGCAGAAAUUCAAGAGCGUCAUGAUGCGGUCAGAGAGCUUGAGAAAAAGUUAUUGGAACUACAACAGAUUUUCUUAGAUAUGGCAGUGUUGGUGGAUGCACAGGGCGAUUUGCUCGACAACAUAGAAUCACAUGUAUCGACUGCAGUAGAUCAUGUACAGUCAGGGAAUACUGCCCUCCAAAGGGCAAAGUCGUACCAGAAGAGCUCUCGAAAAUGGAUGUGCAUUGCCAUCAUAAUCCUUCUCAUCAUCGUUGCCAUCACCGUAGUGGGAGUACUCAAGCCUUGGACUAACAAGAGUGGUGCUUAAUAUCUUCAUGUUUUACUACGUGUCGGUUCAUGUAUACUGUCGGUUGUACUAUAUGUUAGUCAUCACAUUUAGCGAUGAUUUUUGGGACCCCAUUCCAGAAGUUGUGUCAAAAUCUGAAGAGUUGUGUGUCUUUUUUAUCCUUCGUGAUUGGUCUGUAGUUGUGAAAAUCUGUCUGCCUGUUUUUGUGUUCAUUCAACUCUGCGGAUAAAUUGUCUUAAGCUUGUAAAAAUAGUACCGUGAGUGUAUAAAUAUAUUCGCUGCUUCAUCCAGUUUGUGACUUUUUGCCU